AUGAAGUGGCUUAUGAUCCUCGGGUUGGUGGCUCUCUCAGAAUGCUUGGUCAAAAUCCCUCUGAUGAAGAUCAAAUCCAUUCGAGAAAACCUCCGGGAAAAUGACAUGCUGAAAGAUUAUCUUGAGAAAUAUCCUUACAGCCUGGCCUAUAAGUUUCUUGAUCAAUAUCAGGACAAUGGAAUAUCUCUGGAACCCGUGAGGAACUACCUGGAUAUGGAGUACUUCGGCACUAUCGGCAUCGGAACCCCUGCCCAGGAUUUCACCGUGAUCUUUGACACCGGAUCCUCCAACCUGUGGGUGCCCUCAGUCUACUGCUCCAGUCUCGCCUGCACCAACCACAAACGCUUCAACCCUCAGGAUUCCUCCACCUACCAGUCAACCAGCGGGACACUCUCCAUCACCUACGGCACCGGCAGCAUGACAGGCAUCCUCGGAUACGACACUGUCAAGGUUGGAGGCAUCUCGGACACCAAUCAGAUCUUCGGCUUGAGUGAGACCGAACCCGGCUCCUUCUUGUAUUAUGCUCCCUUCGACGGCAUCCUGGGGCUGGCCUACCCCAGCAUUUCCUCCUCCGGGGCCACACCCGUCUUUGACAACAUCUGGAACCAGGGCCUGGUUUCUCAGGACCUCUUCUCUGUCUACCUGAGCGCCGAUGAUCAGAGUGGCAGCGUGGUGAUAUUUGGUGGCAUUGACUCUUCUUACUACACUGGAAGUCUGAACUGGGUUCCUGUUUCUGUCGAGGGUUACUGGCAGAUCUCCGUGGACAGCAUCACCAUGAACGGAGAGGCCAUCGCCUGCGCUGAGGGCUGCCAGGCCAUUGUUGACACCGGCACCUCUCUGCUGACCGGCCCAACCAGCCCCAUUGCCAACAUCCAGAGCGACAUCGGAGCCAGUGAGAACUCAGACGGCGAGAUGGUGGUCAGCUGCUCAGCCAUCAGCAGCCUGCCUGACAUCGUCUUCACCAUCAAUGGAAUCCAGUAUCCUGUGCCACCCAGUGCCUACAUCCUGCAGAGCCAGGGCAGCUGCAUCAGCGGCUUCCAGGGCAUGGACGUCCCCACCGAAUCUGGAGAGCUUUGGAUCCUGGGUGAUGUCUUCAUCCGCCAGUACUUCACUGUCUUCGACAGGGCAAACAACCAGGUCGGCCUGGCUCCCGUGGCUUAAGCCCAAGUCUUUCCAGCCACCUCCCAGGAAGAUCUGACCUCCGUCCUCUGCCCACUUUAGAUGUAUCAAAUUCUCCUGACUGUCCUU